AUGACCCAUCAACUGAUGACUACUUGGUGGUUAAAGCGUCCUACAAUCCAAUCUCGGGUUGUGUGGAGAGAUAUUGAGGCUACCAAUUUGUCUUAUUUGAACUGCUCUGAGUUUAUCAAAGAAGGCUCACUUUUGAAUGAUGCUAUUCAUUGGUUGGCUUUUUGCUGUGAUGUAUCAAUGAAUGUUAUUCUCGCCUUUGAUUUAACUAAAAGCAGUUUCUCGGAUAUACUUUUGUUGGUUGAAUUUUUAAAUUAUGACUUUGAAUCUUGUUAUUUGGAGGUGCUUGGAGAUUUGCUUAGUGUAAGUGUUGUGGAGUGGAACCAUUCAGUGGAAACAUGGGUGAUGGAAGAAUACAAAGUGCAGCUAUCUUGGACUAAGACUAGUGUUGUGUCUACUGAAAACAUUCCUGCUGGUUGGUUCUUCUUCCCAAUUUGCUCUACAAAAGGUGGUGAUAUUUUUGGGACAGAUAGUAGUACUCGAUUAGCAAAAUAUAAUGACAAGGGACACCUGCAAGAGCAUCGAUCCUAUUGUAAUGGUUCAUCUCGAUCCCAGGUAGCUCUGUAUACAAAGUCUUUACUUCCACUCCCCAUUUAA